AUCUCGGAGGUUAACGUAGGGUUCAACUGUCCCUGUCUUAUUGCAACUGAUCACUAGACCUGGUCUGAAGACAGAGCCACUCCCGUCGUGUAUUGUAGCGGCAUUCGAUGGCUUUAACGGACGACAUUUCUCGCAAGCGAGCAAAGUUGGAACGUUGUCCCCCAGGGCAUAAUAGGUGGGAUGCUGCUCUCUAUGAGCUGGCGGAUGCCCUUCGCGGGAGAUAUGAGAAAGAGGAUGAAAUCGACGACUUGAACGAGGCGAUCACCUGCACUGCGCGGCUUUGGAACUCCGACUAGUCGAGGACGACACGUAUCAUCGGUCUUUGUCACUCAACGAUCUAGCGCUCUGUCUUUCAUGUAGAUAUGACAAACAGGGGA